GCUAGAUCAGAUCUAAUCCAAUAUUCUGCAAUUAAAAUUUAGAUAUUCACAAAAGCUAUACAAAAAUUACUUCAAGGUGCAACUUUUCUCAUGUAAAUUUGACAGAAAAAAAGAUUUUAAAAUGUUGGUCAAAGUUCGGAUAGUUAAACUCUCGAGAAGCAAAAAUGACAACUAAUUUGUCAUGUUUAAGGAAGUGAUCUGAUUGAGACACAGAUUUUGAGAAAUCCCAAGUUAUCUUUAUAUGCAUUCCAAUGUUGGCUCAAGAACAUACUAGUUUACAUUGUAAAGUUGCCAUUACUAUAUGGUUACAACAACAACAACAUACUCAGUGUAAUCCGACAAGUGGGGUCUGAGGAGGGUGGAGUGUACGUAGACCUUACCCUUACCUUGGGAGGUAAAGAGGUUGUUUCCAAUAUAAAUUACUAUAUGGUACUGUUGAAUUAUUACAAAUGAGAUAAUAUGAAAGAAUAGAUAAGGAUGAGUGAUUGAAGUUGUCGAGUUGAAGUUCCUAAUUGAGCUUUCUAAAACUUUAAAAUGAUUCACAUAUUUUUUAGCAUGAAAAUAACCUAGUCUUUAAGAAGUUUAAUGAAAUCUGAUUGGAACUCCCAUGGUACCUUCAUAUGUAUGUCCAAUUUUGGGUUAAGGAAUAUACUAGUUAAGGAUUCUAAAGGAAAAAAGGUUAGAAACUUUGGACUGAAGUGAUGGGAGAUGCUUGUAGGUAUGCAGUGGUUACAGGAGCAAACAAGGGAAUUGGCUUUGAGACUGUCAAACAGCUCGCAAAUUCAGGUAAAUCAUGCUGGAGCUUCUGGAGUUGUAGUUGAUGAAGAUGUCCUAAGGGCAUUGAAUGUAGAUCCUGAAGACUGGUUAGCAGGGAAAGCUGUCAAUGUCAUUCAAGUUGCGAUGAAAACAACCUACGAGAGUGCCAAAUUAUGCUUGGACACUAAUUACUAUGGUGAUAAGAAUGUUACUGAAGCUCUUCUUCCGCUGCUACAAAAUUCUACUUCAGCAAGAAUUGUUAAUGUUUCCUCCCUUAGAAGUGAACUAAAGCAAGUACCAAAUGAGCAGAGGAGAGGAGAAAAGAGCUCGGAGAUAUUGAAAACCUAACAGAAGAUAAAAUCGACAAGAUUCUCCAGAAAUUUCUGUAUGAUCUGAAACAAGAUGCUCUGGAAGUGAACGGUUGGCAGAUGAUGCUACCAGCAUAUAGCAUUUCAAAAGUAUCACUUAAUGCUUACACCAGAAUCCUUGCAAGAAGGUACCCGAAAAUGUGCAUCAAUUGUGUCCAUCCUGGAUACGUCAACACGGAUAUAAACUGGCACACUGGAACAAUGCCUGUUGAAGAAGGUGCUGAAGGACCUGUCAAGCUAGCUCUUUUGCCUGAUGGAGGACCUACUGGUUGCUACUUUAGAUAUAACAAUAACUACACCUCAGUCCCAAACAAGUUGGGGUCAGUUGCCAUGGAAUACAAUGAGGUAUCUGGUUGGAUUUCUGAGCUGGGUUGGUGUCUGGUGGUUGUGUUAGUAGUUGAAGUAAUGAAGGAAGCAAAGAGUAAACAUUUGGUUCUUCUAUUUGUCCAUUUUACCAAACAUUUUUUUUUAGAAUGAAACAUCAUUAACAUUUUGGUGUAAUUCAUUCUCUUUUACUCCCUACGUUCACUUUUACUACUUGUGAUCCACGCGACUUAUACAAGAAUCCUAUAUCUUACCCACCUAAA